AUGUUGACAACUUACAGUGGAGGCAAUUCCCUGCAAGGGCUGAAUGGACUGCCGCCACAGGCACAAGUGAUUGAUCCAUCAACCUUUGCCGCGAUGCCGGUGGUGCCCCCGGAGAAUAUCGCCAACAUUACUACUAUCUUUAUCCCGCCCGGCUCUACUAUAAAGAGCUUGAAAGAACAGCCAUUCCACAUCUAUCACCCAGAUUUUGUACACAUCUUGGGACCAAAUCCGACUCUUACGCUCAUUGCCGACGCAGGCACUGACCCGCUGUUCCAUGAAGCCUUUGUGUGGUAUCCUCCUACGGAUGAAGUCUUCUUCGCCCAGAACGCCGGAGCUCGGGCAGCUGGAACCGGCUUGGAGAAAUCCAGCCUCAUUCUCAAGGUAUCUCUGAAUGAGACCGUGGCCGUCUCGAGCGAGCGAGAUGCUGUUGGUAAAGUCCAGGUCCACGUCGUUCCUACCGAGCCCCAAGUCAUCAAUCCCAACGGAGGGACAAACUACAAAGGAAACUUGCUGUUCACAGGUGAGGGAAUGGGCCCGGAUAUUGCCCCGGCCCUCUUUGCUGUCAACCCUGUUCCGCCCUAUAAUUCCACUGUGCUUGUCAACAACUACUUUGGUCGUCAAUUCAACUCUCUUAAUGAUGUCGCCGUAAACUUCAGAAACAAGCGCAUUUACUUCACAGAUACGGUGUACGGCUAUCUGCAGGAGUUUCGGCCCAGACCUGGUCUCCCGAACCAAGUGUAUCGUUUCGACCCCGAUACUAGGGCUGUUACUGUCGUAGCAGAUGAGUUUGUAAACUGCAACGGCAUCACGUUCUCGCCCGAUGGACGAUACGCCUACAUCACAGAUACGGGAGCUGGCAAGGCAUUCCGAGGUCACGACAAUGCCGGGCGUUCUACCAUCUAUCGCUACACUGUAGCUCGUGAUGGAACGUUCAAGGACCGAAGGGUAUUUGCCUAUGCCGGAGCUGGCGUCGUGGAUGGGAUCCACUGCGAUACUGAAGGCAAUGUCUAUGCUGGCUGUGGUGAUGGUGUUCACGUAUGGAAUCCUUCCGGGACUCUGUUGGGUAAAAUCUUCCUCGGCGAAACAUCUGCCAACUUUCAGUUUGCGGGUGAUGGCCGAAUGGUCAUUGGGGCUGAAACGCACCUGUAUUAUGCCACUCUGGCUGGUAAAGGAGCGCCCAUAUCGUAG